GGGCUCCAGGCUCAACUUCUCUGCUGAGGGAGACGGAAGUCGUCUCAGCUGCUGCGCCUCGGACUUCCCUGUGGGGAGAGUGUGGGCAAGCUUGGCAGCCACACCAUGAAUACAAUCACCUAUGAUGAUGUGCAUGUCAACUUUACUUGGGAAGAGUGGACUUUGCUGGAUCCUUUCCAGAAGAAUCUCUACAAAGAUGUGAUGCUGGAGACAUACAGGAACCUUACUACCAUAGGAUACAGUUGGGAAGACAGUAAUAUUGAAGUACAUUGUCAAAGUUCUGGAAGACAUGAAAGGCAUGAAAGAAGUCAUACUGGAGAGAAACCUUCUGUAUAUACUCAGUGUGUUGAAACCUUUGCACAUCAUGGUAAUCUCCAAAUACAUAAAAGAAUACAUACUGGAGAGAGACCCUCUGAAUGUAAUCAGUGUGGUAAAGCCUUUGUAUGUGAGAAUAAUCUCCGAAUACAUAAAAGAACACAUACUGGAGAGAAACCCUAUGAAUGUAAUCAAUGCAGUAAAACCUUUAUACAUCAACAUACUCUUCAAAUGCAUGAAAGAACACAUACUGGAGAGAAACCCUAUGAAUGUAAUCAGUGUGGUAAAGCCUUUGUAUGUCACAAUUACCUUCAAAGGCAUGAAAGAACACAUACUGGAGAGAAGCCCUAUGAAUGUAAUCAAUGUGGUAAAGCUUUUGCACAUUACAGGCAACUUCAAAUGCAUAAAAGAACACAUACUGGAGAGAAACCCUAUGAAUGUAAUCAGUGUAGUAAAGCCUUUGCUCAUCACUCUAAUCUUCAAAGGCAUAAAAGAACACACACUGGAGAGAAACCCUAUGAAUGUAAUCAGUGUGGUAAAGCCUUUGCUCAUCACUGUAAUCUUCAAAGACAUAAAAGAAUACAUACUGGAGAGAAACCCUAUGAAUGUAAUCAGUGUGGUAAAGCCUUUGUUCAAUACAGUGCUCUUCACAUGCAUAAAACAACACAUACUGGAGAGAAACCCUAUGAAUGUAACCAAUGUGGUAAAGCCUUUGCACGUCAUGGUACUCUUCACAUGCAUAAAAGAACACAUACUGGAGAGAAACCCUAUGAAUGUAAUCAAUGUGGUAAAGCCUUUGCACAUCACAGUCAUCUUCAAAUGCAUAAAAGAACACAUACUGGAGAGAAACCCUAUGAAUGUAAUCAAUGUGGUAAAGCCUUUGCUCAUCACUGUAAUCUUCAAAAGCAUAAAAGAACACAUACUGGAGAGAAACCCUAUGAAUGCAAUCUGUGUGGUAAAGCCUUUGCACAACACAGUACUCUUCAAGUGCAUAAAAGAACACAUACUGGAGAGAAACCCUAUGAAUGUAAUCAGUGUGGUAAAGCCUUUGUUCAUCACAAUACUCUUCACAUGCAUAAAAGAACACAUACUGGAGAGAAACCCUAUGAAUGCAAUCAAUGUGGUAGAGCCUUUGCAUGUGUCAGUAGUCUUCGAAAUCAUGAGAAAAAAUCAUACUGCAGAGAAACCCUAUAAAUUUAGUCAGUGUAGUAAAGUUUUGCACUUUAUAUAGAAGUAAAACUUUUAGUGUGCAAUCAUUCUGUUAAAUCCUUUGCAUAUUACAAUAGUCUUUGAGUAACUGAAAAAAAUCCUGAGGGCUCCUUAUUAUAAAGUAUUUUGUAAGAUCUUUAUCCAACACAGUUAUAUUCAGUUACACUAGAAUUUAUUCUGUAGAAGAAAAUUUGACAAUGCCAAUAUCUGUUCAAGCAUUAUGAUGUCCAUUUUUAUAUUGUUUGUACCUACAAACUCAGAGAAAAAUGAAUUUGUAAGGCCAUAUGUGUAGGGUAAAGGGCCAGCCAAAGAAACACCCUGGUCCUGAAACCAGAGCCAGUGAAAGACACACUUUGGCCCUGAAACCAGAGCCAAAGGAACACACUCUUCCCCUGAUGAACUGAGCAUGAAACCAACCAAUCUAUGAGCAGCAAAGCAGGGUCUAGGUACCCAAACCACCACAAACCUCAGCUGAGACAACCCUGUUUUACCUGAUAACCAGCCAAUCACCGGAACCCUUGGCCAUUCAGGCCAAAAACAAUAAAGGAAACACACAAUAAAGGAACAAAAGACCUAUCCAACAAAGACAUCAUGAGCAACACCUGUACCUAUACCUAUCCCAAGUCCAGAUGGCUAAACGGAAGUGUAAGACUACAUUCAACAACAUAAAGAGCAGUAUGGUACCACCAGAACCUGGUGGUUCUACAACAGCAAGACCUGAAUAUUCCAGUGCAGAUGAAGCAGAAGAGAACGACCUUAAAACAACUUUAUGAAGAUGAUAAAGGCCCUUAAAGAGGAAAUAAAAAAAUCCCUUAAAAAAUCAAGAAAAAGACCAACAAAAAAUUGGAAGAAAACAACAAAUCCCUUAAGGAAGGCUAAGAAAAAAACAAGUAGGUCACAGAAACAUUUCAAGACUUGAAAAUUGAAAUAGACACAAAGAAAACAAACUGAGGGAAUUCUGGAAAUGGAAAAUCUGGAUAAAUGAACAGGAAUUACAGAUGCAAGCAUAACCAACAAAUACACAGGAAGAUAGAAGAAAGAAUCUCAGGCAUUGAAGAUAUGAUAGAGGAAAUAGGUUCAUUGGUCAGAGAAAAUGUUAAAUCCAGCAAAUUCUUAACACAAAACAUCCAGGAAAUCUGGGACACCAUGAAAAGACCAAACCUAAGAAUAAUAGGGAUAGAAGAAGAAUAAUUCCAACUCAAAGGCACAGAAAAUAUAUUCAACAAAACCAGAAGAAAAGUUUCCCAACCUAAAGAAGGACAUGCCUAUGAAGAUACAAGAAGCUUACAGAACACCAAAUAUUCUGAACAAAUUUUUUAAAAAUCCCCUUGCCACAUAAUAAUCAAAACACUAAACAUACAGAAUGAAAAAAAAAAAAGAAUAUUAAGAGUUGCAAAGGAAAUAGACCAAAUAACAUAAAGGCAGACUUAUCAGAAUUAUACCCAACUUCUCCAUAGAGACCCUAAAAGCCAGAAGGUCCUGGACAGACAUUUUGCAGACACUAAGAGACCAUGGAUACCAACCUAGACUACUAUACCUAGCAAAACUUUGAAUCAUCAUAGAUGGAGAAAACAAAAUAUUCCAUGACAAAACCAGAUUUAAACAAUACCUAUCCAGCCCUACAGAAAGUAUUAGAAGAAAAACUCCAGCUCAAGGAAGUUAGCUGCACCCACAAAAACACAGGCAAUAGAUAAUCUCACACCAGCAGAUCUCAAGGAAGGGAAACACACAGAGACACACAAACACUACCACUGACAAAACCAAAAAAAAUAACAGGAAUUAACAAUUAUUGGUCAUUAAUAUCUCUUAAUAUCAAUGGACUCAAUUCACCUAUAAAAAGACAUAGGCUAACAGAAUGGAUACAAAAACAGGAUUCAUCCUUUUGUGGCAUACAAAGAACACACCUCAACUUCAAAGACUGACAUUGCCUCAGAGUAAAGGGUUGGGAAAAUAUUUUCCAAUCAAAUGGACCUAAGAAGCAAGCUGGCAUAGCUAUCCUAAUAUCUAACAAAAUAGAUUUCAAACUGAAAUCAAUUAAAAGAGAUAGAGAAGGAUAUUUCAUACUCAUCACAGGAAAAAUCCAUCAAGAUGAAGUCUCGCCGGGUGGUGGUAGUGCACUCCUUUAAUCCCAUCACUAAGGGGGCAAAGGCAGGUGGAUCUCUGUGAGUUUGAGGCCAGCCUGAUCUACAGAGUGAGAUCCAGGACAGGCAUCGAAACUACUCAGAGAAACCCUGUCUCAAAAAACCAAAAAAAAAGGAUGAAGUCUCAGUUCUGAACAUCUAUGCCCCAAAUACAAGGGCAACCACAUUUGUAAAAGAAACAUUACUAAAACUUAAAUCACACAUCAAACCCCACACACUAAUAGUGGGAGACUUCAACACCCCACUUUCACCAAUGGACAGGUCUCUGAGACAGAAACUUAACAGAGAAAUAAGGAAACUAACAUGUUAUGACUCAAAUGGAUUUAACAGACAUCUAUAGAACAUUUCACCCAAACACAAAAGAGUAUAACUUCUCAGCAUCUCAUAGAGCCUUCUCUAAAAUUGACUACAUAUUGAGCCACAAAGCAAAUCUCAACAGGCACAAAAAAAAACUCUAAUAACCCCCUGUACCUUAAUGGAUCACCAUGGCUUAAAGUUAGAAUUCAACAACAACACAAAUUACAGAAACUCUACAAACUCGUGGAAAUUGAAAAAUGCUCAGCUGAGUCACCACUAGGUCAAGGAAGAAAUACAGAAAUUAAAGACUUCGUAGAAUUCAAUGAAAAUGAAUACACAAUAACCAAAAUUUAUGGGACACUAUGAAAGCAAUGCUAAGUAGAAAAUUCAUAGCACUAAGUGCCUACAUAAAGAAUUUUGAGAAAUCUCACACUAGCAACUUAAGAGCAUACCUGAAAGCUCUAGAGCAAAAAGAAGGAUGCUCACCCAGGAGGAGUAGAUGGCAGGAAAUAAUCAAAUUGAGGGCUGAAAUCAAUAAAAUAGAAACAAAGAAAACAAUACAAAGAAUCAAUGAAAUAAAGAGUUGGUUCUUCGAGGAAAUCAACAAGAUAGACAAACCCUUAUCCAAACUAACCAAAAGGCAGGGAAAGAAUAUCCAAAUUAACAAAAUCAGAAACAAAAAGGGAGACAUAACAACAGACAAUAAGGAAACCCAGAUAAUCAUCAUGUCAUACUUCAAAAACUUGUACUCCACAAAAUUGAAAAAACUAAAAGAAAUGGACAAGUUUUUUGGAUAGGUACCACAUAACCAAAUUAAUAGGUCAAUUUAAAUAGACCUAUAACCCCUAAGGGAAUAGAAACAGUCAUUAAAAAUCUCCCAAACCAAAAAAAAAAAAAAAAAAAAAAAAGCCCAGGGCCAGAUCGUUUCAGAGCAGAUACCAGAAUUUCACAGAAGAGCUAAUACCAUUACUCCUCAAAUUGUUCCACACAAUAGAAACAGAAGGAAUAUUGCCAAACUCUUUUUAUGAAGCUACAGUUACCCUGAUACCCAAACCACACAAUGAUGCAACAAAGAGAAAGAAUUACAGACUAAUCUCCCUCAUGAACAUUGAUGUAAAAAUACUCAAUAAAAUACUGGCAAACUGAAUUCAAGAACACAUCAAAAAAAAAAUCAUCCAUCAUGAUCAAAUAGGCUUCAUCCCAGAUAUGCAUGAGUGGUUUAACAUGCAGAAAUCUGUCAAUAUAAUCCACCAUAUAAACAAACUGAAAGAAAAAAACCCUACAUGAUCAUUCCAUUAGAUGCUGAAAAAAACCUUUGAUAAAAUCCAACACCCCUUCAAAAAGGUCUUGGAGAGAUCAGGGAAAAUAUCUAAACAUAAUAAAGGCAAUUUACAGCAACCCAGCAGCCAACAUCAAAUUAAAUGGAGAGAAACUCAAAGUGAUUCCAUUAAAAUCAAGAACAAGACAAGGCUGUCCACCCUCUCCAUAUCUAUUCAAUAUAGUAUUUGAAAUUCUAGCUAUAGCAAUUAGACAACAAAAUAUUGCAUGGUGCAGAAUUAUGCAGUAAGAAUUAAUCCAUCAUUUAUGAGGCCAACCCAUCAGAAAUGUGGAUUUUGUUGGAGGAAAUCAUCACAUAUAGCAUUUUGGGAUUAUUUGCCUUUUGAAUGGAUUGCUGGUCUGGCUGCAGGAUUUCUUGUUAGCUACAAUACUUCCCGUCUGUUACAAAUUUGGGAUUUAUUCCCACAGUUUAGCAGUGUUCUGAUCAUUUAUUGGGCAUAAUUUCCUCUAUGUAUUGGUGUAUUUUGGAUGACCUCCCUAAGCUAUGUGUGAAAGCAGUCACACAGUCAAAACCUUUGUUUCCCACAACCAAGUACUUGUUUUAUUUUCCAGUGUAAACUUAGAGGUCUGCCUUCCUGCAAUUAUCCUUAUUGGCCAGUGUUAGUGUCCAGGCAAGUAAUCUCAUUUGAGACAUUCACAGACACUUCAUGUCUGGACCUGUUGAUUUAUAGCCACUCAGAUAGGGAACAGUCGUGCCCUGGUUUCACCCUGCUGACACAAACUACCUCACACUAACAGACCCUUAACUCCUUGCUUUUAUUCUCACCUUGGUUUAUUAAUACAAGAUUUUAGCUUAGAGAUUUACUGCUUGUGAUAACAGGUAAAGUAAUUACACAUUUGUUCAUUCUCAAAGAAAGGUAAUUUUCCAGACUUGCUGAGAUUUAUGCCACUAAGACUAGAGCAGCUGAGAUGUGCCGGGUUCCAUAUGUUGUGCAAAAUAGGCUCAUGUCCUCCCUUUGUUUUAACCGCUUAAGGCAAAAGGUGUAAUCCUUUAGAUCUGAGAGCUUCUUUAAAGCCAGACAACACUGGCAAAAGUUCUACAGCAGACCAAAAGCUGCAUGUAUUCCUCAACUGCUUAUGUUGGUUGCCUAGUAACAGAGGACACGUCCCCUGUCCACUGGAAAAGCAGCAUGCGAGCUGCUUGGAAGCAUCACAUGGAGAAAAAGACAGGUUUUUUUUAACUUUAUUUGUGAUUUUUACUGAUUAUAGACUUUUAGCUUAUUACCUAGCCACAUUUAAGAAUGUAGUUUAAGCACACAAAUUAUAUUUCCUUUGUUGGUUUAAUCUGUAGUUGAACUCAUCAGGGAGCCUCCAUUAACCACUCCCACUUUGUGCCGUAAAUGAAAGCUGACAAUAACUGCUCUGUGUGUCAAUCUUAUCUCUUUGAGAAAUUCAAGCCUUGUAAUAUAUUGCCAAAGAACCCACUGUUUGUAAAUGUAUAUAAGCUGGUACUCUCACUGUAGAACUUGGAUAGUUUCAGAACAAUAAAGAGACAUGGAUAGAAAGA